AUAAGGAGCCUGGGCCAGGGCUGCAUGAGCAACAAUGGCGUCCACUCUCUGGCGCUGCCUGGCCCUGGCCCUGCUCUCUGGCCUGGUGAUCGCCAGCCCUCUCCAGCAGCUUAGGAAACGGAGCCUGCCAGAAGGGGAAGGGGUGGUGAACGGCAUCGAGGUCUACAGCACCAAGAUCAGCUGCAAGGUGACCUCCCGCUUUGCCCACAAUGUGGUGACCACCAGGGCUGUGAACCGGGCAGACGCCGCCAAGGAGGUGUCCUUCGACGUGGCCCUGCCCAAGACGGCCUUCAUCACCAACUUCACGCUGACCAUUGAUGGCGUGACCUACCCAGGGAACAUCAAGGAGAAGGAAGUGGCCAAGCAGCAGUACGAGAAAGCCGUGUCCCAGGGCCGGACCGCCGGGCUGGUCAAGGCCUCGGGCAGGAAGCUGGAGAAGUUCACGGUGUCGGUCAACGUGGCUGCUGGCAGCAAGGUCACCUUUGAGUUGACCUAUGAGGAGCUGCUGAAGAGGCGCAAGGGCAAGUACGAGAUGUACCUCAAGGUGCAGCCCAAGCAGCUGGUCAAGCACUUUGAGGUACGCGGCACUCGCUGCCCCGUGGGCUCAGGCUCCCCUGCAGGGUCCAGGCUCCUCUGUGGGGUCCAGGCUCCUCUGUGGGAUCCAGGCUCCCCCGUGGGGUCCAGGCUCCCCUGUGGAUUCAGACUCCCCUCCUCAUCCAGGCCGGUGAGGUCUGCACAGGAGGCUGAGCAAGUCCAUGUGCCCCCCCGCCCCCAGGGCCACGUGUCCUUCAAGCCCAGCUUAGAGCAUCAGCGCUCCUGCCCCACCUGUGCAGACACACUGCUCAACGGGGAUUUCAUCAUCACCUAUGACGUGAACCGAGAGUCUCCAGCCAACGUGCAGGUGGUCAACGGCUAUUUUGUGCACUUCUUCGCACCUCACGGCCUUCCCGUGGUGCCCAAGAAUGUGGUCUUUGUGAUCGACAUCAGUGGUUCCAUGGCCGGCCGGAAAAUAGAGCAGACCAGGGACGCCCUCCUGAAAAUCCUGGAUGACAUCAAGGAAGAGGACUACCUGAACUUCAUCCUGUUCAGCACCGGCGUGACCACCUGGAAGGACACCCUGGUGCAAGCCACUCCCGAGAACCUGCAGCAGGCCCGGGAGUUCGUGAAGAACAUCAACGACGAAGGAAUGACCAACAUGAACGGCGGGCUGAUGCGGGGCAUCGGCAUGCUGAAUGAGGCCUGGGACGGGCAGGGCGCAGCGAGGAGGAGCUCCAUCAUCAUCCUGCUCACCGACGGGGACGCCAACUAUGGCGAAAGCCGGACGGACAAGAUCCAAGAGAACGUGCGGAACGCCAUUGGGGGCAAGUUCCCCUUGUACAACCUGGGCUUUGGCAAUAACCUGAACUACAACUUCCUGGAGCGUUUGGCCCUGGAGAACCACGGUCUCGCCCGGCGCAUUUACGAGGAUUCCGAUGCCCACUUGCAGUUGCAGGGCUUUUACGAGGAGGUGGCCAACCCGCUGCUGAUGGGCGUGGAGAUGGAGUACCCCGAGAACGCCAUCCAGGACCUCACUCAGAACAACUAUAAGAACUUCUACGACGGCUCCGAGAUUGUGGUAGCCGGGCGCCUGCUGGACCAGGACUUGAACAGCUUUAAGGCGGACGUGAAGGGCCACGGUGCCGUCAACGACCUCACCUUCACGGAGGAGGUGGACGUGAAGGAGCUGGAGAAGGCCUUCGAGGAGCAGAGCUACAUUUUUGGAAACUACAUUGAGCGGCUCUGGGCCUAUCUCACGAUCGAGCAGCUGCUGGACCAACGCAAGAAGGCCCAAGGCGAGGAGAAGGAGAACCUCACGGCCAAGGCCCUGGGACUGUCCCUCAAGUACAAUUUUGUGACGCCGCUGACCUCCAUGGUGGUGACCAAGCCCGAGGACGGGGAGAGCCAAACAGCCAUUGCCGACAAACCAGGGGAAGAAGCCAAUACUGUGACCCCCUCCAUGGCCUACCUGACAAACUACCAGCCUCCACAAACCCCCUACUACUACGUGGAUGGAGACCCCCACUUCAUCAUCCAAGUCGCGGAGGAAGACGAUGCCAUUUGCUUCAACAUCAAUGAAGACCCGGGCACCGUGCUGCGCCUCAUCCACGACCCAGCCACAGGCCUCACAGUCAACGGCGAGAUCAUUGGGGACAAGGAGCCCAGCCCUGACCCCAAGACCCGAAGGACUUACUUUGGGAGGCUGGGCAUUGCCAACCCUCAUAUGGACCUGCAGAUCGAGGUGACGACGGAGACCCUCAGCCUGGGGAGUGGGGCCACACGGAGCACUUUCAGCUGGCUGGACACAGUCAUGAUCGCGCAGGAUGGGAUGUUGGUGGCAAUCCACAGGAAUGAGAACAUGACAGUCUCCUUUGGGGAUGGGGCCACCUUUGUGAUCGUCCUGCACCAGGUGUGGAAGAAGCACCCCACCCACCGUGACUUCCUGGGCUUCUAUGUGGUGGACAGCCACCGGAUGUCGGCACAGACACAAGGGCUACUGGGACAAUUCUUCCACCCCUUUGACUUCAGCGUGUCUGAUGUCCACCCUGGCUCUGAUCCCACGAAGCAGGAUGCCACGAUGGUGGUGAAGAACCGCCGGCUGACUGUCACCAGGGGCUCCCAGAAAGACUACAGGAAGAAGAGCCACACUGGCACCAAGGUCCCCUGCUGGUUUGUCCACAACAAUGGAGAAGGGUUUAUUGACGGCGUCCACACUGACUACAUUGUCCCCAGCCUGUUCUGAAGGGACCUGCCCACUCGGCUGUGGACGUCUGGGUCUGUGGGAGGGGCUGAGCAAUAAAGCUUGCAAUGAAAAGCA